AUGGUGUGGGAUCUUCUCAGCUCUGACCUCCUCCCCUCCCGCAACAGUCAGAUGGACACCCCCUCCUCCUCUCUCAUGACAGUCAGAUCUCCGUCCCCCUCCCCCACGGCAACAGUCAGAUCUCCGUCCCCCACGGCAACAGCCAGAUCUCCGUCCACCUCUCCUCUCGCCACAGCCAGAUCUCCAUCCCCCUCCCCUCCCACCACAGUCAGGUCUCCGUCCCCCUCCCGCCACAGUCAGGUCUCCGUCCCCCUCCUCUCCCCUCCCACCACAGUCAGAUCUCAGUCACCCUCCCACCACAGUCAGAUCUCCAUCCCCUUCCCACCACAGUCAGAUCUCAGUCACCCUCCCACCACAGUCAGAUCUCCGUCCCCUUCCCACCACAGUCAGAUCUCAGUCACCCUCCCACCACAGUCAGGUCUCCAUCCGCCUCCUCUCCCCUCCCACCACAGUCAGAUCUCCGUCCCCCUCCUGUCCCCUCCCACCACAGUCAGAUCUCCGUCCGCCUCCUCUCCCCUCCCACCACAGUCAGAUCUCCGUCCCCCUCCUGUCCCUUCCCACCACAGUCAGGUCUCCAUCCGCCUCCUCUCCCCUCCCACCACAGUCAGAUCUCCGUCCCCCUCCUCUCCCCUCCCACCACAGUCAGAUCUCCGUCCACCUCCUCUCCCACCACAGUCAGAUCUCAGUCCCCCUCCCACCACAGUCAGAUCUCUGUCCCCCUCCUCUCCCACCACAGUCAGAUCUCCGUCCCCCUCCUCUCCCCUUCCCACCACAGUCAGAUCUCCGUCCCCUUCCCACCACAGUCAGAUCUCCGUCCCCUUCCCACCACAGUCAGAUCUCCGUCCCCUUCCCACCACAGCCAGAUCUCCGUCCCCCUCCUCUCCCCUUCCACCACAGCCAGAUCUCAGUCCCCUUCCCACCACAGUCAGCUCUCCGUCCCCCUCCCACCACAGUCAGAUCUCCGUCCCCCUCCUCUCCCCUCCCACCACAGUCAGAUCUCCGUCCCCCUCCUCUCCCCUCCCACCACAGUCAGAUCUCCGUCCCCCUCCUCUCCCCUCCCACCAGUCAGAUCUACGUCCCCCUCCUCUCCCCUCCCACCACAGUCAGAUCUCCGUCCCCCUCCUCUCCCCUUCCACCACAGUCAGAUCUCCGUCCCCCUCCCCUCCCACCACAGUCAGAUCUCAGUCCCCCUCCUCUCCCCUCCCACCACAGUCAGAUCUCCGUCCCCCUCCUCUCCCCUCCCACCACAGUCAGAUCUCAGUCACCCUCCUCUCCCCUCCCACCACAGUCAGAUCUACGUCCCCUCUCUGGCCCAAGAAUCCAUCCCCGAGACCAGCAUUGCAUUGCAGCAGACACUGCGGCUCAGCACGCGUCCUCAGCCUCUCGCUCCACCGCUCACGCUAUUUCCGAAUUUAUUUUCUUUUUCGCUACGGCAGUGGCGGGGGGGGGGGGGGGGAUAUCUGCACCUAAAAUCACGAGACCCCCCCCCCCCCAUACUGUGCCGCGGGUGAUAUUUAACUGCGUUCUGACCAACGUCCCUUCUGUCCAUUUCCUCCCGGUCCUGUGUUUCCAGAUGUACAUUAUUUUAUAUAUUUAAUUUUUUUUUUUUUAUCUAUAAGAAAAUUACAUUUAAAGGAAGCGCCAUAAAAAGGAGACGCCGCGCCAUCACCGGUCUGCGCGCAGCAGGAUGUGUUCAUGUCCACACACAUUUCAGUUUCCGUACCAGCAAACAGCAGCAGCACACGUGUGAUGGAGUUCCCCUUUAACCAGUCAAUUUUCAGUCCUCUUGAACAGUAAGGCCCUAACCCAAGCGGUCCUGAGUGACCCAGGCGUGGAGUCAUCCAGCGCCCCCUAUUGGUCACAAGGGCUGCCUGCGCCACUUUCUGCCCUAUUGACCUGGACGGAGUGGCCGAGUGUCUGGCGCUGUGUAUACAUUUGUACAUACGUGUUUUAGCCUUUCCCCGUGGUUUAAGGGGAUCUCCAGUACUAGGAACAGAUGUUCUAGAUCAGAAGUCUCCAACUCUGGAUUUCCAGAUUAUUGAAAAAAUACAACUCCCAGCAUGCCGUCCGGGGCAUGCUAGGAGUUGUAGUUUUGCAACAUCUGGAGGGCCUCAGGUUUCAAGACCUCUGUUAAAAAAAAAAAAAAAAAAGGGGGAUCCCCACCUGCCUGAUCUUCUGAGGCAUUGCCACCAGUGAUAGGCUGAGCAGGCACUUCCCGUUUGUAGAUUAGGGAUCAGGAAGUGGUCGUCAGGGAUCGGGCAUAGACUAUUUUUGUAAGCCAUUGAAAAAAAUAAAAAAUACAAAAAUAAUUUUUACUACUGCCAGAAAAGGCGGCCAUGCAGACGAGCCACCAAAUCUGAAGGGAUCGGCAACAAUUUAUGACUAUGGGGGUCCUGACUACGUCCCCCAAUUAGAUGAGAAGGGGGAGGAGUCAGAAGAAUCGGGGAUGUUGGAUUUUUGUUUUUAGUCACCACCAGAAGAUGUCACCGGUGUCCGAUUCCCUUCAGCGCCAAUGUAUAUGAGAAAAGGGAUGGGGGAGGGGCGGAGAAACCAUCCAGGUGGGCCGCCAUCGGUAAGAGGUGUGCAGUUCUGGCCCCUGUAGGACAUCGCUCCACAUUCUGGUGAUAAUUCCUACACGUCUGAUCUUAGAGGUUUCGAUAACGAUCACACCACUCAUACACCGCACCGCGUGACUCCGGCCUACAGCUGUCUAUACCGUUUUGUUUUUUGUUUGCUUCCUAAUCCUCUCACUAACGUGUCAGGCCGUACAGCCCGCACCCGCCACCAUGACCGCCCAUCGUACAAGCAAAGCGCCUGCGCGACGAAUUGUUCUUGUAAAUAGAGUCACAGAGACUUCCGGAGGGGCGGCCUGUAAACCGCGCAUGGUAACGUCUGUACAUGUAACAAUACGACGAGUGGGGGCCCCGCCUGAGGAGCCAGGGGCCAGACGCUUCCCUGCCCUGAGAGACAAUGGGGGAGAAGCCUCACAGUGACCAGGAUGGGGAGAGGAUGUGAUUGGAGGAGCAGCGGCCAAUCAGACGGCAGGAGUCAACCUCACAGAGAUCUGAUUGGCUAAAGGACAGUGCUGGAGUUAUUCACAUAGGGCCCAGUGGUUCCUGCGGGGUCACCGCUGUGUAUUUGGGGUGAACAUAGGGGGCGCUACGUUCGCCAGUGUGACAUGACGACUGCUGAAUAUAAUCACCAUGAUUUUGCUGUAUUUUCAAUUCUCACCAUCAAUAAAUAUUAACUUAAAGAGAA